UCAACAACCGGAAAACAAUUCUGAGAAUUUACUCUCUCUCUCUCUCUCUAUGUGUGUGUGUGUGUGUGUCUUUUGUUUUGUUUUGCUAGGAUUCUGUAGGUGAACUUAUUUUAAGAAUUAGUGAAUGAGAUACAACUAAAUAAUUAAGCAUAUUUCGACAUAAAUAAUAAAAGUCGGUACGGCACCCAUAAUUCCAGUCUCAUCUUAAUUUUGAAUAUCUCGGAUGUCACAAUCUGCAAAAUUAUAGAUUUUCUUUUUGCAAAUUUGGAAAUUGAAAACGCGGCGAAUGAAUUUACUUGGCAAAAUCUAAUUUUCUAGGGCCACGGGCAGAGGCCAUCUGACCGUUCACCCCGUCCCGAUUCCCAAACCCCAAACAAACCCUGACCAGAACCCCUCGCCGCCGACCUCAGUUCCCGACCGCCACCGUCUCCGGCGAUGUCGCACUUCAGGCGCUCCGGGGCGCCGGAGAACCGCGACUCCUUCUCCCUCCUCGUCCUCAACGUCUCCUUCCGCACUACGGCCGACGACCUCUUCCCGGUCUUCGACCGCUACGGCGAUGUCGUCGACAUCUUCAUCCCGCGCGACCGCAGGACUGGAGAUUCGCGUGGCUUCGCGUUCGUGAGGUACAACUACGAGGACGAGGCGCAGAAGGCCGUCGACGGGCUUGAUGGGAGGAAGGUGGAUGGGAGGGUGAUCAUGGUGCAGUUCGCAAAGUACGGACCCAAUGCUCAAAAGAUUCAUAGGGGUAGGAUUACAGAAGAAACUUCAAAGCCAAGGGGUCAUUUCAGAAGCCGCAGUCCGAGAUGGAGGUAUCAAAAUGAUUAUCGGGACAGAGAUUAUAGAAAGCAAAGCCGGAGCAGAAGUAGGGAGAGGUAUGAACAGGAAAGAUACAGAGAUAAUCAUUAUCGUCGCCGUAGCGGAAUUCGCAGUAUUAGCCCUGAUUAUGACAGGAAACAUACCAGAUACAGUCGCUCUCCUGCACGUAGAAGCCCUGGUCAUGGCAAAAGCCACUCUCCUCGUAUGGCACCUUCUCGUGAAGUAACUCCUAGCAGGCCCAGGGAUAGCCACUCUCCACGUUCUGGAUGCCCUUGAGCCCACGCUAAAUAGCAUACAUUCUCAUAAUGCAGCUUGAGUGCAGGGUGAGUGGACUAGAGCUUUGGCAAAAAACAGAUUUGUCUUCUUGGUUGCUAAAGCUAUAUGGUGGUGAUGUGGAAAUAUUCCAUGGGCAUUCGACUCCCAGUACUGCACUUUGUGAACACCUGCGCCACUUUGAGAACUACAUACAUAUUAGAUAUUGUCAUCUCAAUACGGUUUCUUACUGUAGCCUGUGACCUGUAUAUUUCUAGUUACUUGAUGGAACGAAGAGGGGUUUUUUGGAUAAAGGUCAGGAUGCAAGUUGAUUACGUGUCCUUGCAGUUGACAAUGGUACUGCUGGUUUUCCUUGGAUGAUGACAGUGGUGGUGCUGAUGAUGCUGAUCAUUUCACUGGCAUCCCUUGCUGUAUGUCAAAUGAGAGGUUUGACUGGCAGAUUGCUUAAUCAUUCUGAACCAUCUAUCAAGCAUGGGUUCUGCUGGUAGUAGUAUUUGUUUGCUAAUGGUCGUGUUGGUUCGACUGGCAGAUUCCAUAAGCAUGUUGAUUAUGGAAUUGUGCAAGUCACCUAGACAUGCCCUAGAGUGCCAGCAUUAAAAGAAUCUUAGUCAUCUUGAUGUUCUGGUAACAUGGUAUUUCUAGGUAUGAACAUAUCCAGGAUAUUGAUGUCUGUGGUAUCAAUGUCA